AUGCCCACAACAGAUGACGGCCCAGAGCAAGCCAAUAAGCAGAUUAAAGUGCUAAAUGUGACCCACCGGCAGUCGGGCUGGGGACGCCAGCCUAGAAAGAAGUGGCGGGGCCAGAGCCACCGGCUGCAGCCAGAGCUGAUCCAGCACCGGGCACCGUCGGGCCUGCGGCAGGCGAGGGCCUCAGAGCGGGCGGGGGCCAGGACAGACCCUCCGCGUCCGCUACAAGGCCGACCCCGGCCCCCCAGAGAUGUCCGCGAGGCGCCGCGGGCUCGGACGUCAUUCCCCGGGCGGGCAAACGGAGCGGAUCGGCCCCGCGGGGGAACCGGGGUGGGCGCGGGAGGCCCGGAGUGGGCGCGGGGGGCCCCGGGGGGCCGUGAGGCGCGCGGGAAGGGGCAGCGGAAGUCCCGCCCCGGCCCCGAGCGCGCCAGGCCCGCCUCCGCCCCGCGCCCGCCAAUCACCGCCCGCCGCCGCCGCCCGGGCUCGUCGUCCCUCGCUGGCUAUAGGCCCGCGGCGAGCAGCCGAGCCUUCCCAUUGGCCGCGGGGCUGCCCAUCUCGCCGCAGUCCCGCCCCCCUCGCUCCCCUCCUCCCAGGCGCCCGGGCGGCGCCAAGGACACCGGGGCGCGACCGCGGGCGACCGGCCCGGCGCGGCCCCCAGCGCAACCCCCGCCCUGCUCCGGUGCCAGCCCCGGCCCCCGCCCGCGCUCCCAGCCCUCUCGCCCGGCUGGGUCCGGUCCUACCGUCCGGCCCUGCCGCGGAACCCACCGGCGCGUCCGCACACCCCGCUCGUGGUCCCGGCUCUGA